CCUCUUCCGCUUCCGGGUCGCCUCCCAGCUCGGGGCGAAGCGAGGCGUGAGGGGGGGGGUGGGAGGAGAAGCAGGAGGACUCGCUCGCCGUCGGAGCCGCCAUCGUUGCCUGACCUCGCUAUGCCCAAAGGAGGUAAAAAAGGGGGCCAUAAAGGCCGGGCGCGGCAGUACACAAGCCCUGAAGAGAUUGAUGCCCAGCUCCAGGCUGAGAAGCAGAAGGCCAGGGAAGAGGAAGAGGGGCAAGAAGAAGGAGGCUCCGGGGCAUCCGGGGAACCCAAGAAGAAGGAGAAAUCGCUAGAUUCGGAUGAGAGCGAGGAAGAAGAGGGUGAAGACUAUCAGCCAAAGCACAAAGGAGUGGAAGGCAUGAUCGAUAUUGAGAAUCCCAAUCGUGUCGUACAAACAGCUAAAAAGGUUACCCAGAUAGAUAUGGAGAGCCCCAGGGAAUUAUCGCGGAGAGAACGAGAAGAGAUUGAAAAACAGAAAGCAAAAGAAAGGUACAUGAAGAUGCACCUUGCAGGGAAAACAGAGCAGGCGAAGGCAGACCUUGCCCGGUUAGCCAUUAUCCGGAAACAGAGGGAAGAGGCGGCCAAAAAGAAGGAAGAAGAGAGGAGAGCUAAAGAUGAAGCGGCUUUGGCGGGCAAAAGGAUGCAGUCCCUGUCCCUCAACAAGUAAGCGCAGGCCACCGAGAGGAGCAAAAUCCCAGGGACUGUGCUCGGCGGGGCACCCUUCGGACUCGCUGCGGCGUCACUUCCCAGAGAGGCUGCAGGAGGAGGGCGGCAGCGGGGGCGUCACCGUCACCUCUUAAGAGAAACUGACUGCUCCGUGUUUGUCUUCAUCUGGGCACAGAAUUCCAUGGGGUUAUUUUGGCAGGGGGGG